CUGCUCUGAGCUCUGUAACACAGGGGACGUGGCCAGCUAAGGACUACCCAGACCCCACGGCAAGAGGGAGAAGGAGCCCCUGGAACACAAGAGUUCUAAGAAAAUGGUGUGUGUGGCCAGGGCUGAACUGAUGUGGUCUGGACCGGCAUUAAAGAAUUGGUUCUGGCAGGGGCUCUUUGUGCUUCACGUCACUAGUCUAGUCUUUGCAAAGGAAAACCCGGUCAAAGCCAAAGUGGGAAACAUCAUCCACCUGCCCUGCUGCCUUGAACUACCCAGCCCAGAGUCCCUGUCUAACUACCGCGUUUACUGGCAAACAGAAAAAGAAGAAGUAGUGAUGGCUUACUCAGCAGGGAAGCUGCUCGGGAACGAUCCAAAGUAUGAGAACCGGAUCAAGAUGGACCUACAGAACCUCACAAUGUCAAUUUUCCCAGUGAAACUAUCAGACACUGACACAUAUAAAUGCAUAGUUCAAGUGAUAGAGAAGGGACCUUCCAAGCUCUGUGACAGGACUGUGGAUUUGGUGGUUGAAGCUGACUUCAGCAAGCCGGUCAUAUCAGCAGAUGUACCUAAAGAUGCUUGUGGCACAACUGAGGUGAUGGUGAACUGUUCUUCUCAUGGUGGCUUUCCAGCACCCAGAGUCUCCGGGAUCCUCAAUAAUAUGUCUGUGGACUGGCAAACCAAUUUAUCUGACUCAAAAGAGAGCCUCUAUAAUGUCACCGCCAAAUUGCAGCUCAAUCUGACUGAAGACAUUUUCCUCACGUGUACCAUUGAGUAUGAUGACUUCGAAGUGUCCUCUAACUACACUCUGAAAAAACUAAAGGAAUGUCCUUCUUCUCCAACACCUCCGCCCCAGGGGGUCAUUAUUGCCUCGAGUUUGGUUCUCAUCUGCAUCUUCCUUGUGGCCAUUGCCUUGCUUUUAAAAUAUUUCCGGUGUCAUGGCUGCGAACAACUGCAGUGCUCUCACUACCCUGUCCCUCAAGAUCCAGCAGUGGGAACUGAAAUGAAAGACGGUGUAAGAGGUGUCAUUGACCUCUCUGAAGUAACAUCAGAAGCAGCAUCUUUCUGAUUAGACCAUAUCUGCAGGUAACUUUCUCCCCUAUUUGUUGAUGGCAAAAUAGAUGCUCAUAUGCUAUGCGCUGGUAACGUUAGCACACAAAGUGUUCUGUUGUUUUCUGGGGUCAAGGCUGUAGGGCUUUGUGGCCACUCACACUUGGAUAGCUGGCAUGGUCUUCUGGAGUGAGGGUGUCUCCCAGCCGGAUAACAGGGAUGUUUUUGUUUUGGUUUACAUUUAAAGUGAAUGUAGUAAUGGUGAAAGAUGCCAGUUUAGUCUUCAGUUUCUCCAGGGCUCUAGAUCCUUCUUGCAAUAUAAUGAGUACUGCAUUAGUGUAAGUUCCCCUCCUGCCACCCCUCCAAUUUGCUCCACCUCCAGAGCUCACACCAGCAGGGCCAAAAGAAGAGCUCUUUGAUAAAUCCAGCUCUUGGUUCCUCUCUGGAGACCGGAGACCAAGAGGCUGGUUAUUGCCUUAGAGAUGGUUUUGUUCAUUUCACAAACAGGCCAACAAAUAGCUCUCUUGGGCAAUGUCUUUCAGUCACUACUAAACGAAAUCCGAUUUGACCUGUUCGCCAGCAAUCAACCUCUCACCAGUCCCAUGUGCUACCCUGGCCCCCUGGAAACUAUUUCUGGUGAACUGCACAUAGACCAUGUGCUUCUCCUGCUAUGUAUAAUGGCCACAAGGCUGAUGAGGGAAGGGCUGAAGGAGCAGUGGCCAGAGGUGUUGAGGGAGGGCACAACUGUGAGUGAAUAACUCCAUUUUUCAUAAUCGGCUCCUAAGGUCCAUCUGCGCAGCUGCCAGCAGCGAGCUUCUCAGCCCAGGUCGACAGACUCAGGCUCAUGGGGCACACCCACCCACACUAGAACUAGCUGUGCAGACGGCCCACCCUCCCCCCCAGACUUCAGACCCCGAGCUGCAACAUCUAUCUGGCUAUUUUUAGCAUGGUAGCGUAAACCUUGCAAGCCUGAGUCUGUUGACCUGGGCUGGGAGGUUCCCCACAGCGGACUGUGUCGACAUACCUUAAAUGCUCGUCCAUCUUUGAGGCACUUAUAGAAUCAUAGAUUAGCGUUGGAAGAGACCUCAGGAGGUCAUCUAGUCCAACCCCCUGCUCAAAGCAGGGCCAAUCCCCAACUAAAUCAUCCCGGCCAGGGCUUCCCUCCAAAUCCUCCUCUUCAGCAGCUUGAGGAGAGUUUUCUCCCUCUCAGGAUUUCCAAUGUGAGCAGUGAGGUGAGCGGCAGGGUGUGAGGUAUCAAAUAGCUUCAUUGGGAGCCCCAGGAGUAGAUGGCUUGAAAGUGCUGUUUAUUUUUGAUAGAUCAAGUGAAAGAUGCUGGGGCGGUUUCUGGGGAAGGGUCAGCAUGGAAACGGGGAUGUUAGAAAAUGGAAGCACAAGUGGGUCACUACCCUGUAAUUACAGAGUGAGGGAAAACUCUGGUUACACUUCUACAAUGACUUUGGGCCCUGGGGAGCCCCUCGCCUUACUCCUGAUACCUGACUUGAUUUACGGCUGACUCUUCCUCUGGAGGACCCAGGCUGAUAAACAGGAAUCAAAGCAGACGAAAAGAGAAAUGCUAUUGAGUAAAGCUCAGAAUUAAAGAUCUUUGAGACGCUGCUUCCAAAUGCCUGGGAGUUAGGGAUGGAAUUGGAACUGCUCAAUUGUUUCUUAAACCCUGUUCUUCUAACAAAGGUUUUUCUUUAGGUCGGGGGAAGGAACGGGGGGAGAGUGGAUCUGUGUAAUAAGAGCUAUUAAUAAAUUAUUAUUAUUAUUUUGGAGGGAAUGAUCUGGGUUCUCUCUCUGCUGUCCCAGUGGCCAGUGUGUGCAGCAUAGUGACAGUUGCGAAGUCCUAAGGGUCACGUUUGUUUGUUUUUCUGAGAAUGGACGGACUCACAACUUGACAUGCUGUGAGAAUGAAGGAAGGGGAAAUCAUCAUAGUUAGUUUCUCUCAUGUCCAAACCCAGCCACCCACUCUCACUGUCCUAUGGGGAAGGCCCCAUCUGGAACAGAUACUAAAUCUUGGUUAGCAAGUAGUCCGAGGGGGUUUAUCAGCAUAGAUUCUAUAGUAGGAGUUUCCCUACUGAAUAGAUUCAUUCCACUGCAUUCCUCUUUCUCUAAAUCCUCCUGGCUUUUCUGUAAAUGCUUGGUUGUUCCUAGUCCUGAUGCCUGAAAUAGUGGGCAGACCCAGCAAUCAGGUGUCAGAACUGCUGAGAUCUGUUGCUGAUCGUGGGACAUUCUCUUACACUAAAAUGCAGAGUUUAUCUAAGUAGUAGCAACCACAGCCCGUUGUAAGUCAGAUAGUCUGGUUUGCUGUUGAUUCAUCCUUACUGCACAAAGUAAACCCUCUCCCCAGAGAACCUGCAGGCUUUCACAAGGACCAAAUUCCAACCCAAAGUGUGGUGCCCUAAUGGUGCGUGGCUUGCAGUGCCUGCUCUCACCCAGGCAAAGCACCCCCUCUGCUACUGCUUGUUAGAUUAGAUGCCAUCAUGAGGUCUGCAGAUGGCUUCUGUUGUCUCUGACAGUCAUUUUCAUGGAUGUUUUAGGAGUAAAAAAAUCUAACCUUUGUGUCCCCUCAGAUCUCGUAUCCCGUAUGCCCUGCACUGCAGUCCCCAUUGUCCUCCGUGGCCAAGGCUUAUUCCAUAGACUGUUUGGCUCUUCCAGAAGAGGAUGACGGAGCAGGCAGGAAAUCUGCUCAAGUGGACUGGGAAGAUGGUGUUUUGUGAAUAACCACCACCACCACAGAAGCUUUAGGACUGUAACGCACCAGAGCCCUGUGUCUGCAAUGCCACCCCAAAGGAAACUCCAUUUUCCUGAUGAGCAGCAAGAAGAAAUGUUGCUCCAAUACACCACCUGCCUCCUCAGAGUUUGGGAUGUUUGGCUUUGACAUUGCCUCUAAGGCAAGAGUGGCCUGUGGUGCUUUACCAGGUAGCCCAUCUUUAGUAAGGAGAGGCUGGCCCUUGGGAGAUGACAGGUCCCAAUGUGCAAUCUUGAUCCAAGCACAGGCUGCACCUCUUUGUUAGAGCUGAGGACAGCUGUAGUCUGUUCCAUUCUAUACAUGGUCCUUGGGCUUGGGCAUGAUGCCAGUACAGUUCUUGGAGUAGAGUUUGGAUUAAGAAUGUAUUUGAGGACCUGACAAUCACAGAUGUCUCCUGUCUUGAGUCCCUUCUCCAGUAAGGACGCAAAGUUCAGCCACUCCUUAAGGAAGAACUGAACAGAGACGGGGAAAUACGUCUUAUGCUUAUUUCAGCAGCCAUAACAUUUAGUGUAGUCUGGAGCGACCUUAAUAUACUGACACCCUGGCCAUUUGCUAACUAAUGUGCGUACAGCUAUCUGCCUCGUUUGCAGCACUAAUGCUAGUACUCAUGACCUGUUUGUCCCAAAAACCCCUCCAGCCAGAGAAUCAAAGAUACAGCUCUGCUAGUUCACCCCAAAGAGGAAGAUGAUAUGCCAAAGCUCAUCUAUCUGCACAUUCCAGCCAACUGACAGCAUGCAGACACACCCAACUGGUACUUUUUAUAUGUAUUUCCCCUCGUCAACACUCAUAUGCGGUCAGAUUGCUCAGCAGCUAUCUUACGUGCAUGUAACAUGAAGAAAUAGAAAAUUCAUCCAAAAACACAGGUCUGCUCCCCUUAACAGCAUGUGGGGAUGUGUGACUACAACACCCUUGUUACUAUUGCUUCUCCACAAGGCUUGGGGUGGGCUGAGUCUUUAGUUUCUUGCAGGAAAUUUAGCGGUAUGGGACUACCCUGGCCUGGGAUGCUGCUGAUCAGUCUGUGGCUGCUGUUCUCAGUCUGUUCCCUAUAUCCAUUCAGAAGCUGAAGCAGGGAAGAGCCCGGCUUGGCCUCUAGCAUUGGAUAGGACCUAUCCAGAUCUGGCCUGAAUGGUUUUAUUGCCUACUGUGUAGGAAAGAGUGAUUUCUCAUUUUGAGGGGAAAACCAAAACCCAAUAGGCUGCUUGCACAAUGGGAUUUACUAACAUAACUCCGCCCCUGCUUGCUUAUCAUAUUCUACUCUAUCCCUUCUGCUUUGUCUUUAAAGCUAACUGGUUAUAGGCUCUGUGAGUUACAGCCUGUUGUUCGGGGAGUGGAACCAGUAACCGCACGGCAGCCGUGCAGAAUGGAUACUAACUGUGGAGACUGGUUGUGCAUCGCAGCAUUCUCAUUGGGCACUUUUUUGAUGUUGCUGCAACCAUGCUCUGACCCCCACCAGUGAACACACAGCUGGGAAGCAGCACUGGGACACCCCAAUCCUACACUCCUCUUUCUAGUAAAUAGGUGUGUAAGAGAAAUUACUGCAGGGAAACCAAGCUAAUAAAGGCAGCUUAGGGAGGCUCACGCUUUGGGUGAGAAGCCAGUGUAAGUUAGGAUGGUGAUGGGAAUAGUGUGUCACAUUUUUCUUUUCUUCCCAUUCCUACUACCCAACAACUAGUCUGUACUCUUGCUACUGACAGCUUUAACUACUACAUUCUUCUACUGGUCCACUAUCCGCUAUGCCACGCUGUACUUACUUGCCCACUCUCAGCUUUGUGUCUCCUUUCAUACUGCUCUGUAACUUCCCCCUCUCCUCUGAAGCCUCCUAGAAAUGCGUCUCUACCGCAAUGCUUUCCUGUUUAAAAUAAAAACAAAACCAAAAAGUGCCAUACUUACUUCCAACCAUCUUCCUCCAGCUGUUCUAUAUUUAAUAUGCACUCCUGACUGAAGCCUGUAAGCUCUCUGGGGCAGGGUUUUUCUGUUGAGCAUAUGCUUUUGUAAAUCGCCAGAUACCCUUAUGACAUUGUAAAUAAUUCCUUCUAGCUGAGCUAAGGGAUUUCACACUGACAAAAAUGCAGGAAAUUUAGGGUUUGAUUUUUUUCCCCCCUAUAAAACAUGUUUUAUGUUUUCUACUGUCUCACGGUGUUUUCAGUGAAAUGCACAUGGUUUCCAUGAGACCUUUCAGCUUAUUUAACACCUGAACCAAUGUAACAGGUGAACUGCUUUCAGUUUAACAUCUUCAUUUUGGCUAAGAUAUUCUUUGGGGUUUUUUCCCCCCUUAAUUGUAUUAAAGGGUAAACUCUG